AUGCAGCCGCUCCGGGCAGCCCUGCAUGCGUUGUGGGCGGCGGGCAAUUUCUGCCACGUCAGCACUGUGGAAGCUGCGCUUUGUGAGGAGGACAGGUGGCGCGACGUGAUUCGCUUUCUGUUUUUCAAGGGGUUGCACAGAGAGGGUCUUGUGUUCUUAAGGGAGAUGCUUAAAGGCGGUGGUGUGAGAAGGGAGUGGGAGGGGGAAGAGGGGGCAGAGGCAGUGGGAAGGAGAAAGGGAGAGGGAGAAGGGGAGGAAGUUGGUGGUGAUAGUGGUGGUGAUAAUGAUGGUGGUGAUGGCACGAGGGGGAGGAGGAGGGAUGCUGACGUGGUAGAGAGCUGCUUCAAGGAGUACGUGGAGCUGCUAGGUCAGCAGCCACGUCAGCAACCGCUCGUGCUGGAGGCGCUGACGUGGCGCUUUGAGGACGACCCGACAGCAGCGCUGGCCCUGCUCACAUCGCUCCGGCACCCGCCGCCCAACGCUCUUUUUAUUCUCGCGAGGUAUGAGGCACUUUUUGAGGUGCCUAACAGGUUACUGGGCACUCCUCAUGUGGCUGUGACACCCCCCUGUCUCCCCUUGUCUCCCCCCUUGUCUCCCCCUGUCUUCCCAUCUACCCCACGAGACCUGGUGCUCUGGCUCAUCCGUCAGGUGGCCCCGCAGCUCAGCGCCUCCUUCCUCGAGGAUCUCUUGGAGCAGACAGCCCAGGCCAUGGGAGAGAGUGGUGUGGGCUUCUCCUCUCUGCCAUCCACCCUCAUGUUUCUCCCAUUUACGCCCAUGCGCUCCUCCCUGUUCCCCCGCUCUCCCACCCCACCAGACCUGGUGCUCUCUCUCAUCCGUCAGGUGGCCCCUCACCCCACUGCCUCCUUCCUCGAACAUCCCUUAGAGCAGACAGCUCAGGCCAUGGGCGAGGGGAGAGGAGGUUCAGGGCUACUUUCUGCCUUCCUACCCUUAUGCUGCUGCCUUGUCUUUCUCUACCCCUCCCCCACCAGACCUGGUGCUUUCACUAAUUCGUCAAGUCGCCCCUCACCUCAGUGCCUCCUUCCUCGAGCAUCUCUUAUAGCAGACCGCUCAAGCCCCCCAUGUUCCCUGCCUGCCCCCUCCGGCUCCUACCACUUCCUGUCCCGUCCAGACCUGGUACUCUCUCUCAUCCGUCAGGUGGCCCCUCAUCUCAGCGCCUCCUUCCUGGAGCAUCUCUUGGAGCAAACCGCUCAGGCCAUGGGCGAGGGGGGCGGAGGGGAGGGCGUGGGGGAGGGGGAAUUGGAGGGUGAGGAGGAGCAGGAGGGAUUUGGAGAGGGUUGGAGGGGCAGCAGCGACGGUGGCGGUGGGGGCAGCAGGAGAGCGAGUGGGGAGAGUGGAAGGCGGUCGAGCAGCAGUGCGGUUGGGUCCGGUGGAGAGGGAAGCGGUGGGGUUGGGAGCGGUCAGGAGGUGCAGGAUGUGGGGGCAGCAGCAUCACAGCUACAGCUAGACCUGGUUCGGCUCAGCCUUCACCGGGUCAAAGUGGAGCUCCGCCAAUCAGCGGCAGCCACAUCAGCAGCAGGGGAGCGCUCUACUGUGAUUGGUCCAGAGAGGGCCAAGCUGGCAGCUGUGCUGCAACGGAUCAGGCUGCGACUCAUUCCAGAGAGCCUGCUGCCAUAUCUAGAGGCGGUGCUGCGGGCGGGCAGUGAGCAGAGGAGGAACAGUGCUGUCGUGAAGAACCUCAGACGCAGCGAGAACCUGCAGCUUCGGGAGGAGUUGGCGAAUGGCAGGAAGCGCCACGUCAGCAUCACGGGGGACCGGCUGUGCGCCAUUUGUCGCAAGCGCAUUGGAGGGAGUGUGUUUGCCGUCUAUCCGGGCGGCACACUGGUGCAUUUUGUCUGUUUCCAACACCACCAGAUGCAGCUGCCUGCUGCUGCUGGUCCGUGUUUAGAAAGGCCGUUCAGUCACCUCCAUGGCAUUUACUCCAGACGCGCCAAGAUGGCCACCAAAGUGCAGCGGAUUAUGACCCAGCCCAUCAACUUGAUAUUUCGAUUCCUACAAAGUAAAUCGCGGAUUCAGAUCUGGCUGUAUCAGCAGAAGGACACGCGGAUCGAGGGCAGAAUCAUUGGAUUCGACGAGUACAUGAACCUGGUGCUGGAAGAUGCAGAGGAGAUCUCCAUGAAGAAGCAAACCAGGAAACCACUCGGCCGCAUAUUGCUGAGAGGAGACAACAUCACGCUCAUGAUGAACACGGGAAAAUAA